AUGGGUUUUCUUACGGAUGCUUAUGAUAUGUUCGUGAUUAAUUUAGUUGUACCAAUGUUAGGCAUCGUUUAUUUCGAUGGUAAAAUGCCAACAUCAUCAAAUGAACUCCUAAAAUCAAUGACACCUAUUGGAACUUUGUUAGGACAAAUCAUUUUCGGGUUUAUGGCUGACAAAUUGGGUAGAAAACGAAUGUAUGGUGUUGAAUUGAUAAUAAUUAUAAUAGCAACGUUAGCAAGUGCGAUGACAGGUGAUACUAAGAGAGGAAUUGGUAUUAUACCACUUUUAGCUUUUUGGCGCUUGAUAUUAGGAUUCGGAAUAGGAGGAGACUAUCCUACCUCGGCCGUUAUCACAUCCGAAUUUGCCACAUCCAAUCGACGGGGAUUAAUGAUUGCAGCCGUAUUCGCCAUGCAAGGAAUUGGCAUUUUGUUAGGUGCUACUGUUGCACUAUUAACGAUAUUGUUCUUUAAAUCUUCUAUUGAAAAUGAUCCAUUUAUGCUUGAUUAUGUUUGGAGAAUAAUUAUUGGUGUUGGCUGCAUACCUGCUUUAGGAGCACUCUACUUUCGAAUAACACUCCCCGAAUCACCACGGUACACAGCGGAUGUCGAAGGGAAUCAUGAAGAAGCCAUUAGAAAUAUUAAAAAUAUCAUGGAAAAAACAAAAGAAAAAGUUCAACCACGGUAUCAAAAUCAACAAAAGAGGACGCCGAAUACAUGGAAAAAUUUUCGUGUUCAUUUUGGAAAAUUAAAACAUUUUAAAGUGCUCUUCGGAUGUUCUGUCUGUUGGUUUUUGUUGGAUAUUGCUUUUUAUGGUUUAACUUUAAAUCAGUCGAUGGUACUUGAUGUGGUUGUUAAUAAAAUAAAAAAAUCACCAUAUGAAACAACCUGGGAUCAAGUUAAAGGAAAUUUAAUCAUUGCCUUUCUUGGCUCAGUGCCAGGUUACUGGUUCACGGUUUUUCUCGUUGAGAAAAUGGGACGAAUUAAAAUUCAACUUAUGGGAUUUGGCCUCCUGACAAUCAUAUUUAUUACAUUGUCCGUGGCUUAUCAUCAAAUAACCUCUCGACCCGCUCUUUUUUUAAUUAUUUAUGGUGCUGGUCAAUUUUUCUUUAAUUUUGGCCCCAAUGCAACAACGUUUAUUUUACCCGCAGAGGUAUUUCCAACACGCUGGAGGUCAACGUGUCAUGGACUAGCUGCUGCUUCAGGCAAACUUGGAGCAAUAAUAGCCUCGGCAUCAUUUCCUUCUAUAGCCGGAGAUAAAAAUGAGAAUCUACGACCAUUAAUCGGUUCAUUGUCAAUAAUUAUGGCAUUAGGAUUUUGUUUUACAUUUCUUAUACCCGAACCAUGUGGACGCACACUCGAAGAAAUAUCAGCUGAUUAUGAUGAUGGUGAUGACUCAAACGAAGAGGGAGUAUCGGAUAUUCGAGAAGAACAAAAUAUACCUGUAACAGAGCGAAUUCGUAUGAAUAAUUCUUCUUUUAUUAUUGAGCAAUCUUAA